AUGCAGGGGGCCCAGAGCGAGCCGGAUGGGCCCGAUAAUUCCCUCACCCUGCUUUGUGAUGCUUGCUGGGGCAGCGCACUUUGGUCGGACGAGGUCCAAACAAAGGCUGUCUCGCUGCCUGUGCCCGGCCACCAGGCUGGAAAGCUUAGGCACUUGAAGCAUUGGGUGUUGACCACGGGAAGUGAUCCGCCAAGCCUGUCCACUCGACAGGAGGGCACUUUUACGGUCCGUAAGCCUCCGCCCUCUAUCGAGACUUUGCGCGCCAGUACGUUGCUUCUUCGCUUUACUUGCGACCGCGCCUAUGGGAACACUCCCUGGACAGAUGUGCUUAAGCAACCUGGCAAGUUCGCUAGGAUGCUGAGCGGUCUUGUCAGGGUCAAGACUUCCGACUGUGCCAAAACACUAUGGCAAGCGUCGGGAGCCCAAGCUGGAGGUGCUGUCUUUUUCGUUGAUUUGGUUGGCGAAGCAAAGGGCCUUGCUGAGAGCUGUGUUCGCGAUAAGAUGAACUCUUCCGAGACUUACGCCGAGUUCCACAGGCGUGCAUGCCAAGGCGCUGCCCAUGGCGUGGUCUUGGGCACAGGCCUUGGCAGGAGAAUGCGGGCUUCUGACCCGAACUAUCAAGCCAGUGCUAUUUCCUGGAGAGCAAAGGCCAUUCCUAGCCAUUAUGGCAUGGCUGACGACGUUCAGAUCGUGGCAGCUCAUAUACGGCGUGCCACGGAUUGGUCAUUCAAGGCCACUAGGCUUGACGGCCGGGGCAUGCUCCAGCGGCACGUGGAUUGGGGGGCCGGCUCUGAGUCGGAGUUGGUCAUCGUCCGCGAAAACAGCCGGAGAGGUGGUUCUGCGCAGCCUUUCGUCCCGAUCGCCAAUCGCAGAUCUACGACUUUUGGUGAAUUUGCCGCUGGUCAGCCGGGUAAAAAACCACGUGGUCGCCGAGCUCAGGCGGCCAACGGCGACGCCAACAAGCAGUCAGAUGGUGACACACGUGGCGUGAAAAGAGCCUGCUCUGACACCAAAAGCGACAUGACUGUUGACAGCGAAGGUAACUCUACGGCCCCCUGGGCCCCACUGGCCAAGGUCCUUCCGAAUGAGGGAGAAGGCAACUGUUUCUAUCAUGCAAUUGCUAUGUGCAACCUGGGGGACAAGCCAAGAACGCACAGGCAGAUGAAGCUUCUCUUCGCCCGAUGUGGGAAGCCGCUGGUGCUCACAAUACUCUUGGACGUCCGGCUCGCCUCUCCUGGGCUGAGUUCCUUGACGAGGUUGGCACCAAUUAAUGCCAAUUGGGGCGGAUGCCUGGAGCUCGUGAGCGUGGCAGUCGAUCUUUCGCUACGUGCGUGGGUGCAUACAUCAAGUGGAGCUCUGCACCUCUUGAACCCCGAGGGCACUCAAGGAUUUAUGCUACUCCGGUACGAUGAGACGCGCGAGCAUUGGGAGGCGUAUGAGCAGACGGAGCCUGAAGCACACCUUCAGCAGCGAUAUGCUGAACUGGGAGGGAAAACCUUUGACUACAAGGAGCAUCUCUAUCGGGGCGGCGGCUUGCUCACGGAUUGUGCUUCGGCUGUGUCUGAGGUUCUCCCCUCUCCUCGCCCAAUGCGCAGGACUCUUUCUGACUUUGCCUCAGAUGACGAAUCGUUGCUGAAACAGAUUGGGGGGGUUGCCUUGGGCCCAUUUCAUGACGAAUCGUUGCAGCUAGCGCCUCGCCCUGACACCAAGCAUCCUCUUUGUGAUGAUGCUGGACAUGCUGAUGAUCCGCAAUGGAGUGCUCAGCAGGAGGGCCUGUACUCCGAUCUUUGCGACAUCGUUUUCGACGAGAAGCUGCUGGUUAAUCUCCCUGCCAUGGCCAUGCGCAUCCAUGCGACACUUAGUGGAUCUCUGCCGGGGGAUGCGUUGGAUGCUGUCGUUGACCGGGCUGUGGCCGAGAUGACUUUGCUCCAAGGUCCAAGGUGCUUGGUGAUGCUCGUGGUAAGCAGCCUAAGGUCCAUUCUUGCAGGGACUUCCAGUGCAGCAGUUGUGCGCCGGUGCACGGUCAAACCAACUCGUCGUCGGCUCCGCGGCAAGACUGCGUGGGUCACUUUGGCUGGUGCAGCGGCUCCUUCCCGGGCACAAGACCUCCCGGAUGUCAGCGAAGCCGGUGGAGAUAGCGUUGUUGCGGCGGGACCCCCUUCGUCUGCUCUUUCCGCUUAUCGUGCCCGGGGCACGCAGUUCGCUUUCAAGAAAGGGUUUUACUGCGUUGAGUGCCCUUACUGCGAUUCUCCUGUGACUGCUACCGCCGCUAACCGGGUUGCACAGGCGAGAUGGGAUCACAUCAAUCGCUAUCACUCUGGCAUGCCGCAGGUUGGAUAUAGGCGCUGUCGUCCGUCAUUCUGUGAGUAUCGGCGUGCUGACCGCGAUGAUAUGUGGUGGACUUGUCCGGUUGCGCGCUGUCGUCAGGCCAUUGCGAAACAUGAGGCUGCUAAAUUCUCGAGCCGUACCCUUAAGACUGCCAUUGCGGAUCACCGUCAGGCUCGCCAUCCUGAUGUUCAUGCUAAAGCUUGGCGGGUCUUGCGCAUGAAGCAAGGCUUUGAGGCCCCUGCUUUUCGUCAGAAAUGCCGCAUCACCCUCCUCAAUGCUUCAGCUACCGGGGACUCAGUUGAGAUGCGACGCCUCGGCUACAGCAUGCUCUUGCUUCCCACCUUGGUGAAGCGCCGCCGCCGGUGCAUCCAACGUCUCUCGCUGAAGAGGUUCUGGCAGUGUGAACAAUGCCGCACGAUGUUCGGUUCGGUUCCAGAGGCCCAGCGCGUUGCGGCGGUGACUGUGGGCACCUUCGAGCCGACUCUUUUUGCCACUGUCUAUGGCUUCGCCAAUGACCUUGAGGAGUUUUUUGCCACAGGCUUGGCGCAUUGCUUGGACGAGCCCUUUGAGUGUGAGGCGAUCCUUCCGGACCAUGAAGUCCAGAGUCGAUGGGACGGGCUGUGGUCUGACGAGGCCUUCCAGCAGGCGUUGGACAACCCUGACGUCAACCACUCCUGGUCCUACACUUCGGACGUUGCUGAGGCUGUUUUGGCGGAGCCCUCUUCUGCUACUUUGGCCAGGUCGGCAGCUUGGAAACCUGUUCCCUGCACAGGCGGCCAUCGGGCUUUGAGUUUUCCUGAAACGGUGGUCUUACGUCGACUUCGGCGCCUCCUUCGCAGACUGCGACAGCUUUCACGGGAGACCAACCACUGGCACCUUCUGUCGCGGGUUCGUCGUGAUGUUGGCUCCUUGGCUCGCGACCUUCCUGCUCUCCAAGGAUCGCAUGAUGAUUGCUCGCGCAAGUCAGCAGCAUUCAUUGACCUUGUUGCCGGUGUGGUCUUGGAGAGGGCCGCGCAGGAGCAGCAUGAUUGGAGGGUGCAGUGGAAAGCGCGUAUGGUCCAGUCUGAACAGGCGCGUUUGAAGUGGCUCAAAAAGAAGCGGGAGGACUACCGGGCCUAUACUCGACUUUGCGCGUCGGGUGUUGAUCUGAAGGCCGUGGAGUCCUGUCAUCCUGUGAGUUUGCUUCAGAAAGCGCAGAAGUAUUGGAGCAGAACGUGGACGCGGGGCAUCAUCGACCCUGAUGGCUAUGAUGCGCUGUUGGCUCAGGUACCUCGCCCUGCUGGCGCUCCUUUUGACGGAGUCUUCUAUGCCUCCGAGCUUCGGGAUGCCUGCAAAGGCAUGGUUGGCAAGGCUUCAGGCCCUGAUGGCUGGAGCCCUGAUGCUCUAGUUCGGUUACCUAUUGCGUUUUGGGAGGCGGUUGCCACUGUCUGGGCGCGCGUGUUGGCCACCUCACAAGUUCCACAACGGUUGGGGGCUAGAUGCCUAGUUAAAAAGCUGGAGCAGUGGUCCUUGCAAUGGCUCAAUCACACGGUGCUGGGGGGAGUGACCCGAAGUGGGGUGAUGGACGCCCACCUCAUGCUGCACGCAGACAUGGGAGACAGCGUCUAUACUGCCCAGGAUCUCCACCACUUCUUUGACAUGCUCGAUUACUCAUUGUUGAAGAAGAACCUCCAAUGGCUUCGGGCUCCUGCUUCGGUUGUUGCCUUGAUGGACAGCUUCUACUCGCAAGGACAACGUGUUCUGUCGUUUGCUGGCAGCCUCGGAUCCUCUCUCUUACAGCCCCAGCGGGGCCUGCUGCAAGGAUGUCCGAUGUCUCCUUUGCUCAGUGCCACGUUCAUGUUGGUGUGGUCAACACAGGUGCAAACGAGCCGUGUGAAGGCGGUGAGCUAUGUCGAUGAUCGCACGAUAUGGUCUUCGAUCCGAGGCUCUCUCCAGGACACUGAACAGGAGCUUAGUCAAGCCUAUCACCGGAGUGCGCGCUUUGAUCGCUGCUGUGGCUUUUCAUGCCGUGCCACCAAGUGCCAGUUGGCAGUACCGAGCCGGUGUGAGCUGCAGGUCCUGGAUAAGGUUUGCGGUUAUAGGGUUUCCUCUUCGCUUAAGUGCCUAGGCUUUCAGCAUGAUGUUGAUACUGGUGAAGCAAACUUCCCGAGUGACGUGAUGGAGGAGGUCAGGAUUCGAGCACGCAAGAUCGCCGCCCUCCCGUGCAGUCCGGCGAAGCGUGCUUCGCUAUUUCGUGUGACUGCGCUUCCCACUUUCAUGUGGGCAGCAGGUGUGACCAAGUAUCCCGCUGACUUUUUGGGCAAGGUUCGCGAUGAGCUUGCAGCUGUGCUCAAACAGGGAUGCUGUGUCGACACGCCAAGGAUGGUCGCUCUCGAACUGCUCGGCUGGGAUUGUGAUCCUUGCUUCGCGGCCUCGUGGCGCAGCUUGAUGGCCGGCUUUCGUUAUCACUGCCGACAGUUUUGGUGGGUGGAUACGGCCCCUCUCGACUUCACGCUGAAAAAGUGGCCUAAGCUUUUCCCUGGUGCCAGAGAGGUUCUGCAGAGACUAGGCUGGUGGCCUUCGGCUGAUGGGGGGCAGUUCCAUCGUGUGGAUGAUGCUGGCCUCACUCGCACUUUUCAUGUUGGCUUCGACUCCUGGCAGGUCGUGCGAGCUUGGUUGAUAGAUGCUUUCAGGCUGGACCUCGCGCAGCGCAACGGCCGCUUGCAGCGACCACGGCGCAGGGAGCCUUUGCCUGACCUUGCGCAGGGGCUUGACCUUCCUGCGCCCCCUGCUGGGCGGUAUCUUCUUCAAGGCCAUCGGCAGCUGUUUGCCAGGGCUACGAGGAGGCGGGAGGAGCAUGCGGCCCUCACUACUGGAUGCAGCGUUUGGUUUGAGUUCGCUGGCUCGCGCUUUACGGCUGAGGACCCUCGCGCUGCUUGUAUGUGUGGAGAUCGCAUGCCAUCCAGAGCUCAUCUGUGCUGGAGUUGCCCUUCAACAGUGGCGCUGAGACGUUCGAUUGCACCUCCGGUGCAUACUGCGCAGGAACGGCUUUUCGCAGUUCCGUUACCUGAGCUUCCCGCUCCUCCACCUGUCCUGGGAGCUGAAGAAGUUCGCGAGGAGCUGGCUUCAGUGGUCUUGCGAGGACUGCUUGACGGUUCUGAGGUCUUUUUGGCCACUGACGGCUCAGAGAAGGACGAUGCCUUUCGUGCGGUCUUGGCACCGUUGGCCAAGUUGGUUCCGCAGGCGAAUCUUUCUCCUGGCGCAAGGCUUUGCAUUGUGUCCGAUUGCCAGUCGGCCAUCGAGGUCGCUACGACUGGAAGGGCCUCUUGCCCUCUUCUUGCUCGUGAACUUCAUGGCUUUGUCUGUGCACUGGCUCCACACCUUGCCGUUGACUUCCAGUGGGUGCCGAGCCACGACAAGGUCAGGACGGCCUUUAAGCCCCACCCCCGUGUUCCUGAAGGCGCUCUUCGGGAUUGGAAUGCUCAAGCUGACGCGGCUGCGAACGCUGCUCGUGCUGCUGCAUCGAGACGUUGUCAUCGACCUCACUGGCAUCGUCAGCGCCGUGAUGCGUUGCGAUGGGAGACCGAAGCUCUCACACUGCUGGUUGCUGCUGGAGAUGCCUAUGAGGAGCAUGUCACUGCCCUCAAGGCACGCCUGGCAUCGUAG